AUGCUGUUAUAUAUUGACAAAACCCACUUUCUCCUUCGCUCUGCGUCUCACUCCACUUCAUUUCUUAGUUUUCCUUCAUUCUUUCACGGCGGUUCAUUUCCAACCAUGGCUGCAAUAUCAAUACCUUCUCACAUGAAAGCUUGGACUUACUCGGAAUAUGGCAAAUCCAGCGAAGUUCUCAAGUUUAACCACAGCGUGCCUUUACCUCCGGUCAGCGAUGAUCAGGUCCUCAUCAAGGUCGCUGCUGCUUCCCUUAACCCCAUUGAUUAUAAGAGGAUGGAAGGUUAUUUCAAGAACUCUGAUUCCCCUUUACCCACUUCUCCGGGGUACGAUGUUGCUGGAGUGGUGGUGAAAGUGGGAAGUGAAGUGAAGAAAUUCAAGGUUGGGGAUGAAGUUUACGGAGAUAUCAAUGUGAAAGCUUUGGAAUAUCCAAAGGUGAUUGGUUCUUUGGCUGAGUACACUGCUGCAGAAGAGAGAUUAUUGGCUCACAAGCCACAGAAUCUGAGCUUUGCUGAGGCUGCUAGCCUUCCUUUAACACUUGAGACUGCUUAUGAAGGCCUUGAACGAACUGGGUUUUCUGCUGGCAAAUCUAUCCUUGUGCUUGGAGGUGCUGGUGGAGUUGGAACCCAUGUUAUUCAGCUUGCCAAGCAUGUAUAUGGAGCAUCCAAGGUAGCCGCCACAGCUAGCACCAGGAAACUAGAAUUAUUGAGGAAUUUGGGGGCUGACUUGCCAAUUGAUUAUACAAAGGAGAAUUUUGAAGACCUGCCUGAAAAGUUUGAUGUGGUGUAUGAUACAGUAGGGCAAACUGAACAGGCAUUCAAGGCUUUGAAAGAUGGAGGGAAAGUUGUGACCAUAGUACCACCUGGAUUUCCUCCAGCUAUCCUUUUCAUCCUCAGUACUGAUGGGUGUAUCUUAGAGAAACUAAACCCCUAUUUUGAGAGUGGUAAGUUGAAGCCAAUACUCGACCCCAAGAGCCCGUUUCCAUUUUCUCAGGCUGUUGAAGCAUUUUCCCAUCUCGAAACAAACAGAGCAACUGGAAAAAUUGUUGUCUAUCCCAUUCCGUGA